CCAAUGUAUCAUGUCAUCUUACAUAUGGUACAAUCCAUUAAAACUUGCUUAGCAAUGAAUUGAAACGAAAUUCAAAACAAACGACUAGGUGAGGAUUUGAGAGAGUGAGAGGUAGUCCAAUUUAUUAGCAGAUUAUCUUUUAAAUGUGUAACCCGGUCCUUUUUUACAGGAAAAUGAUCGUGCAAUAAUUCACUAAAGACUCCAACUUCAUAGGAAGUGGUUAGGGGUCAAUAAGGAAAGUGGCAGACCUAUGAGCAAACUUAGUCUUCGAUCAAAUAAAAAGACAAGUAACAAAAGCAUACGCAAAAAGACAACAAAUCAUCAACCCGAGGUCCCAAACUAGUCAUAAUACCGCAAACUCCUACAUCCCCAAGAUAACGUGGACCGAAUGUAGUUUGUCUCUUUUAACACAUUGUGCAAACAGAACCGUUGAUCUUUAAGCAUACACGUAAGCCAGCUCUGAUCAUAUGGGUCCAAGAAGCUCCACUGUAUCACGCAAUCACCUGGCUUUAAUCCAUUGAACCAGUUCAUGACCAGACCCCGUGGGUUCAGACUUCACCCUAGCAGAAAACUCUAGCAGCAUCCACUAGUUCGUUUUUCUAUAUAAUCCUUCCAUCAUAUGGCAUUCAGUCUCCACUGCCUUCUCUUCUUCCAGCUCCUUCUUUAAUAACAAAGCUCUAUUCAGCGAUGUUAGAGGGCAAAGCAAUUGUAGGCGAGACAGACAUGCUCCAGGCAAUGCAGAAUGACGCACUUCAUUUAGCUGCAAAGGCUCUUGAUGUCUUUGAAGCCACGGAAUCAACUGAUAUAGCCCGCUUUAUAAAAAAGGAUUUUGACGGGGCGUAUGGACCUGGGUGGCAAUGUGUUGUAGGGACUGAUUUUAGUUCAUUUGUGACCCACUGCCAUGGCUGCUUCAUACAUUUCAGUGUUGGCAGUCUUGCAAUCUUGCUCUUCAGGGGUGCAGUAACUCAAGCGGAUGAAGCAAACUUGCUCCCAACCUUUGAGGCUUUAAAUAUUUAGAACAACCUUCUGU